AAUAAUUUUAAGAUUUAUUUUCUCCUUUUACCUCCCGUUUGCCAAUCAUUGGAAAAUUAAACAAAACAAAACGAAAACAGUUUUCAUUUUGUCUGUUCAAAAAUUGCCAUAAUUCAUUUGAACGCCUAACUCAAGCGGAAGGCAAAAAUGCGUGAAUAGCUUCGCAUUUCAAAAUUUAACUAAAAUAUAUACAAAUUAUUCACAGUUUGUGUGGUCUACAUAUUGGCGAACAAAAUUUUGUUAUUUUGCAUUGCGAAAGUGAAAUUUUGUACUCCAUUUUGGUUGAAAAAAAUUAUUGCCAUACGAGUAUUUUAACUUCUUUUUCAAUAAAAAAUAAUUAAAUGUAAAACAUCUAUUGAAAAUGUACGAUGGACUCACCCGAACCGGUUAAGACGCAUUACGUCCGUUGUUUAAGAUGCCAGAAAAUUUUAGAGUGUUCUCGCUACGACACCAACGCUCUACUCGAACACAUACGCACCGAUCAUCCAGAAAUUGAAAUCGUUGAAAACGGCAGCAACGGCAACAGCGGCAUGCCACGCAACGGCCAUAAAAAAGUGCGCGAGGCGGCUAACUGUAUAGUCGUGCCACAAGAAACAGCUGACGAUAAAACCUCCCCACCUCAGCCGACAAUGUUCGAACCCUCCGCGGCCACCCAGUCCGAGGAGUAUGAAAACUUUCAGCCGCGCUCUACUUCAUCCCGCGAACACAUGCACAUUCGCUCGCAGCGAGGUAUCUUUAAAAUGCCAGUUGACAGCCGUACCAAACCCGAAAUGUCCAACUGUGAUCAGCGUGCCGAUGGCAGUAACGACACGGGCACGGCCUACACCCGACGCUACCAUGUAAAUAUGCCGCCCUCGCAGACCCACGAUGAGAAACCCAAUCGCAGUCUCUACCGCACCUCUAUCGAGAAAUGGCGUCCAGCAAAUGGCACCCUCUUUUGUCCGAAUUGCGGCGCCAAUCGACGCCCAUUGAUACGCACACAGACCGAACGCAGCUCCAGCAAUUCCUGUUGUGCAGUUUGUAUACUCGGCUGUUGGCCAUUCUGCUUUUUGCCCUUCCUGGUGCCCAAUGACAACAAGGAGUACCUACAUUGUUCCAACUGCAAGGCGUUCCUCGGGCUUUAUGAUCGCGCCAAUAAUUGCGUGAGACCAAAUCGGGAGUUUUGUCAAGCUGAGGAGACGAUCAUUAAAGAAACAGACAUGCGCGCCGAGGGUGGCGAAGCUAAAGAAAAACGGAGAUGUCAAUGCAUUUAAAUCGCAUGAAAUAUUUAUUUUAAUGGGAUUUUAUUUAGUAAUUUGUGCAUCAUGCGUAGCUCGUGGAAGUGAACACUUAAACGAAAGCUUUAGUGUGUCUUGUUUUGAGCCUUUUCCAUGUAAAUAUGUAUGCUGAGCUUUUGUGAUUUUUUCCAAUUUUUCCCAUCGCUCUUCACCUUAAAAUUUUUAUGUUUGGAUUGUACUCGUACACGAACCGUGUCGAAAGUUUUGUAGCUUAAAGCUUUAUUGCAAUAUUCACCUUUUUCUAUGUGCUUUUGUGAACUUAAAGCCCUGACUUGCACACAUCCAUGUAGGUUAUGUGUGCUUGAUAUGUUAAUGGAAAUAUGUGUAAAUAUGUAAGAUUGCUGAUAAAUAAAAGAAAUAAUUCAUGUAAGUAAAAUAUCAGGUCAGUCCAUA